UUAACUAAACGUCACGUGAUUGACAGCCCAACUAACUGCGCAUAAAACGGUUUUACUUCUGUCCAACGUUGUGAGUUGUCUUCCUCCUCUCAACGCAAACAUGUCAAGAAGUCAAGAGGCCAGUCAGGAGCUGUCUGAGGUGCUCAAUGAAUUGUGGCGCCUGGACAUCAACCGCCUCAAGCCGGGCACCGAUUACAUCAUAGACCCUCAGGGGCGAGCCGGCUACGUGCGUCAGGGCAGCAACUACGCCAGGGACCGGGCCAGGGCGCCGCUCUUUAAGUACGUCGACGAGGACAAACUGAAGAGCAUAGAGACAUAUGCACACUUCAUCAAUUUGCUGGACAACUACGAGAUGUCGACGGGCGUGUCGGAAUGGGUGACCCGGGAGGAGCUUCGGGAGAACCGCAAGUUCCUGGAUGCCAUCUUGGAGACAGACGUCAUGAAGUUCGCUCACCAGUAUCUGGUCAAGAAGAGACAGUCGUCGCCGGAUGUGACAAGCUUCAAAAAGCAACUCUACGACAUCUGGUUCCGUCUGUACCACCGCGAUAGGAACGGAGGGGAAGACUCGUGCGGGUUCGAGCACGUAUUUGUGGGCGAGACCAAGCAGGGUCAGGAGGUUACCGGCCUUCACAACUGGGUCCAGUUCUACCUACAGGAGAAGCACGGCCACAUCGACUACAAAGGCUACAAAGCCAGGGACAACAAAAGCACCCCCGACGAGGAUGACCACGUGCUCAACCUGCAGUUCAGCUGGAAGGGCCUGGUCAAGCCUGUGGGGGGCUCCUUCGUGGGGGUCAGCCCCGAGUUGGAGGUGGCAAUGUUCACCAUCGUCUUCCUGAUGUCCGGCGACAGGAGCACCACGCUGGAGGUCAAGGUGGACGAAUACGUGCUGGAGCUGGUGGUCCACAGAUACGGGCGCUCCAUCGGCUCGUCCUACCCCAAGCUCCUCAGCAGCAACCAUCGCGACUUGUAGCUUCAGUUGGUUACAAAAUUGAUUACAUUCUCCCCCCACCCAAAAAAAAAAAAUGUACACAAAAUACAUGAAAUAUCCUGUUUACAAAACCUUGACUGACAGCCGCUCCAACCGAGUCCUAUUGAGGGAACAAAUACAGUAAAUACAAACCAAGCAGUAACAGCACAAAAUAUGUACUACCUGCACUAUGCUAGUUACAGAUCAUAAAACUGUUUUGUUCACAAAAAGCUGGUUAAUAAGGACCCCUGUUGAGCGUCAAAUCAAGGGAGAAAACGACCAAAAUAUAAACCGUAACACCAAAGACAGACUGAAAUAGAUGAUACAAAGUCAGAGGUUAUCCAAAUAUUAAAGGAAAAUUCGGGUGGUUUGCAUUGGCAAUGUAUCCAAUAGGCCAUGUAAUACGUACUUUAUCUUGAUAAUUUGAUGUUUAAUGUAGUGUUUUGAGAAGAUUUUUAUCGACAAUUACAAAUUUUCAGGUGCGCCGCCAUUUUCGUGAGUCACAUGACCUUGCCCUUCCAAACGCUCGAUUACAUGGGACGCCAUUUAUGCCCAGUGCCGAUUUCUCGGAUUUAUCCUCAUCUGAUGAAGAAAUAGCAGUAUCGGUUGAUCGGGGAGACGGAGGAAUACUUCCAGACGGAUUUGAACCUGUACAUAAUGUUGAAUAUUCAGACGGUUCUUCGGGCGGAAUGACGCAGAGUCUGACACUAUUAAAUGAGAGAGGAUUUAACAUUACAUUAUCAAGACAUAUUACAGGGCCUAUUGGAUAUAUUGUUACUCCAAACUGCUGGAAUUUCCCUUUAAGUGCUCUGUACACAAAGAGUUGGUCAAUAGUGGCUUUGAAUAAAAUGCAACAGGAAGUACAGUCAGAAACUCCCCAAAUAUAACUACAGCAGUAAAAGAACAAAUGGCUUGGCAUGCUUCCGCUAAUCCAACAACAGGUCUUUACAUUACUACUUGCUUGCCAAAAAUCAAUAUUUACAUUUACUACUAUUUAGCAAAUGUAUUGUACAUACAAUGAGUGCAGAAAGCAUUCAGACCCCUUUAAAUUUUUCACUUUUUUAGAUUGCAGCCAAUUGCAAUUUUUUUCUUCAUUAAUGUACACCGAGCACCCCGCGUUGACAGAAAAAAGUUGACAUUUUUGCAGGUUAAAAAGAAAAAUAUCACAAAUAUUUAGACCCUUUGAGCUAAUACAGCCAUGACUCUUUUUAGGAAUGAUGCAACAAGUGUUUCAUACCUUGAUUUGGGGAUUGUCUGCCAUUCCUCCUGGCAGUUCCUCUCCCGUUGUAUCAGGUUGGGUGCUGAACUUCGUGGGACAGCUAUUUUCGGGUCUCUCUCGAAAUGCUCAAUUGGGUUUAAGUCAGGGGUCUGGCUGGGCCAUUCAAGAACAGUCACAGAGUCGUCUGAAGGCCGAUCCUUUGUUAUUUUAGCUAUAUGCUUUGACGUGUUGGAAGGUGAAUCCUCAGCCCAGCCUGAGGUCCUGAGCACUCCGGAGAAGAUUUUUGUCUCGGAUAUCCCUUGUGCUUGUCCGCAUUCGUCUUUCCUUCGAUUGCAACCAGUCGUCCUGUCCCUAAAGAUGAAAAACACCUCCACAUGCUUCACUGUUGGAACUGUAUUAGGAGGUGUUGAGCGAUGCCUGGUUUUUUUCCCCCCACACACAUGCAUCUUACAGAUAAGGCCAAAAGGUUCUAUCUUGGUUUCACCAGACCAGAGAAUUUUAUUUCUCAGCAUCUUGGGAGUCCUUCGGGUGUUUUAUUAGCAAACUCUGUGUGGGGUGUCAUGUGUUUUUCACUGAGGAGAGGCUUCUAUCGACACAUCCAAGCCUUGACUAGGGAGGCCGGUGGAGUUCCGAGAACACAGGUGUCAAACUCAGGAGCCCGGGGGCCAGAUUCGCCCCCCCCCCCCCCCCCCACAUGAUUUUAUUUGGCCCGUGAAGGCAAAUCAUGUGUCAACUUCCGUGAUUUGUGUUCAAAUCUGGACCAAAAUUUCAAAUCGUCAUAUCUUAAAUAAUAAAGUUUUUGCAUUAUCAAAUAACCGUUGUUAUUCCAAAACUGGUUCAUAAAUUUCAUGUGUAAAUAUGAAGAGGCAAUUAAAGAUUUUUAUACUUUCAGUCAUAACGGCCUUCUGAGGGAAACCAUAACUACAAUGUGGCACCCGACAAAAAUGAGUUUGACACCCCUGUUCUAGAACUUUCACCCAUCUUAUGUCUGCAUCUUUGGAGCAAAGCCACAGUGAUCUUUGGCUUCUUCUUGGCCCAAACGGCUGCAAUAUA